AAUUAAAUGUCAUUGAAAGAUGAAUAUUUUGGCGGUUCUUAGAUGAUUUUUACUUGGGAUUAUAAGUAAAUAGAAGGAAGGUAAAGAUAUGAAAAAUUUGUGAAUGGUGAUUAAUAUAAAAUUUAAUAAUAUAUGUAUAUAUAAGAAAUGGGUAUUACAGGGCUAAUACCGUUUUUGGAAAAAGCUUCAACAAAAAUUAAUAUAAAGGAUUUAAAAGGAUGUACUGUAGCUAUUGAUACCUAUUGUUGGCUCCACAGAGGAGCAUAUGGAUGUGCCGAGAAGCUCAGUCGUGGUGAAAGCACGAACAUACAUAUUUUGUACUGUAUGAAAUUUGUAAAUAUGCUUUUGUCUCUAAAUAUUAAGCCAAUUAUGAUUUUCGAUGGUAGACAUUUACCCGCUAAGGCAUUGACAGAAAGCAGAAGACGUGAAAAUCGAAAUCAAGCCAAAAAACGAGCAGCAGAACUAUUAAGACUUGGACAAAUUGAUGAAGCAAAGGUUCAAAUGAGGCGUUGCAUUGAUAUUACACACGAUAUGGUAAUUGAGUUAAUGAAAGAAUGCCGUAAACGAAACGUAGAUUGCUUAGUUGCACCUUAUGAAGCAGAUGCCCAAUUAGCUUAUUUGAAUAGAAAAAACGUUGCUCAAUAUGUUAUAACCGAAGAUUCCGACUUAACCCUUUUUGGCGCCAGUAGAAUAAUUUUCAAGCUAGAUUUAACUGGUAACUGUUUAUUGGUUGAUGCAGAAAAGUUGCAUUUGGCAAUGGGAUGUAAACCAGAAAACUAUUCAUUCGAUAAAUUUCGUAAUAUGUGCAUAUUGUCUGGUUGUGAUUAUUUAGAUUCACUGCCCGGGAUAGGACUAGCGAAAGCGUGUAAGUUCGUUUUAAGAAUAGAUGAUAGCGACAUGGAAAGUGCUUUAAAAAAGCUCCCGCGACAUUUAAAUUUAAGAAAUUUAGUAGUAAGCGAGGAUUAUAUUAGUGAAUUCUUAAAAGCUGAAGCUACAUUUAAAUUUAUGUACGUAUAUGAUCCUUUUCAACGAAAAAUGGUUCGACUUAAUGAAAUACCGAAGGAUAUGAAAAAUUUUGAAGUAUUAUGUUCAAACGCAGGAUCUUUAUUAGAUGAUGAAAUAGCUUAUAAUUUAGCCCUGGGAAAUUUAAACCCAUUUACACUUGAUAAAGUAGAUGAUUGGCAGCCAAACUCUGGAUAUAAUUCCCAAGUUGCAGUUAAUGACUCAAAACACCAAACAUCAAAGUUAAAACAUCCAAGUAUUUGGGAUUUGAAUUUCAAACCACACAAUGUAAAAAGACAAACCAGCAUUAAUGCAUUCACCUUUAGAAAAAUUAAAUAUUCUUCCAUUGAUGAUUCAGGAGAACUAGGGGAUAAUAAUCAGGAUGAAUGCCACAUAGCAUCUUUGUAUUCCAUGCAUAGUCCGCCGCUAAAAAAAAGUAGAAGUUCUGAAUCUCCAGAUAAACUAGAAAAUUUUCCUAUUAUGAUACAAAGCAAUCGUAAUCCAUUUGCAAAGUCAUUAUCUCAUUCUUGCGAAGAAAACAAUGUAACUAACUCCUCUGAUCCCGAUACAUUACCAAGACUGCGUAAAUUAGAACGCUUAAGUAAAUUUGAGCGUACUGUGAUCAAUGACUCAAAAGAAAUUAAAAGUAGGUUUUUCACUUCAAAUGCUUUACUAGUACAAAAAUUAAAUAAAUCCGAAGAUAAUCAAGAAGAAAGUGGGUUUAGUCUAAUUGCUAAACAAUCCAGAAAAGAGGGAAUAUCUCCCGAAGAAGGGAACAGCAAUGAAAAUUUUGAAACAUUAGAUUUAGUAGAAGAUAAUUCUCACACUGAAGUUGACGAAAUUUCAAAAGAUUUUGAAAAAACUCAAAACAUGUAUGUUUCAAUGGAAGAAUUCGAGUUCAAUAACAAAAAAAUUGUCACCACUGACACGGAUAUUAUUGAAAUAUCAGAUUCAGAACUUGAUUUAAAAUCAAAGACUAAAAGAAUUAUUCCUCGAUUGGGACUGCCUCGAAAAAAAUCGACUAAUAAAAUGAAUGGAGUUGCGGACACUAAUUCACAAACACGUUUAAGUAUGUUUGGCUUUAAAAAGAAGGAACUCUUAAAAAGAUAAUUAAGCAACUGACAGUGAUAUGAAAAUAAUUUUUGUAUGUUGUAUAAUUUAAUUUAUUUAGCUUAUGGUUUUUGAAAUAUAUAUACAUAUGUACAUAUUUAUGCAUUAUAUGUUUAUAUUUAUGGUUUGUGCAUUAUAUGUACUUUAUAUACUCAAAAUUUUUAUACGUUCCAGGGCUCGAAGUUUCAAUUAUUCAAUAAAUUAAUUUUAGCUUGAAAGCAUUUAAUAGUUUUAAGAACUUGUAUUUAGUAAUUUGAUUAUAAUUUUUUGUAGUUUGAUCAGAAAUGUUUUUUGAUUUUUGUAAAUCUAAUCCUAAAGUACAUGAUGAAAAAUCUGCUAAAAAUAUUUUUAAUAUAUUAAAGUAACUUUAUGUAAAAAUAAAAAACCUAAUUUUAAAAGUUAAUUCAGUUUUUGGAAAAAUUUAAAAUAUCUUAUAAUAAAAAA